ACAACGGUAACAACAGUGACAACGGUGACAACAGUGACAAAGGUGACCACAGUGACAACAGUGAUGACAGUGACAACAUUGACAACAGUGACAACGUUGACACCAGCGAAUACCGUGACAACAUUGACAACACUGACUACAGCAACAUCUGUAACAUCACUGACAACAGCGACAACUUUGACAGUGACAAAAGUUAAAAUGGUGACAACAGCGACAACAGUGACAACGGUGACAACAGUGACGAUAGUGACAACUGUGACAACAUUGACAACGAUGGAAACAGUGACAACGGUGAGAACAGUGGGAACAGUGAUAACGGUGACAACAGCGAGUACGGUGACAACAGCGACAACGGUGACAACAGUGGCAACGGUGACAACAGUGACAACAGUUACAACGGUGACAACAUCGACAACGGUGACAACAGCGAGUACGGUGACAACAGCGACAACGGUGACAACAGUCCCAACGGUGACAACAGUGACAACAGUUACAACGGUGACAACAUCGACAACGGUGACAACGGUGACCCUAUUGACCACACCGACAACUGCGACAACUGUGACAACACUGACAAUUGUGGUAAACCAACAACAGUGACAACAGUCACAACCCCAACAAUAGCGACAAUGGCGACAACAGAGAUAACGCUGACAACGGAGACAAAAGUGAUGACGGUGACAACAGUGACAAUGGUGAAAACGGUGACAGCAGAGACAACAGUGAUAACAGUGACGACGGUGACCACCGUGACAACGGUGACAACAGUGACAACAGUAACCAAGGUAAAAACAGUGAUGACGGUUACAACCGUGACAAUAGCGACAAUGGUGAGAACAGAGAUAACGCUGACAACAGUGACAAAAGUGAUGAUGGUGACAACAGUGACAAUGGUGACAACGGUGACAACAGCGACAAUGGUGACAACCGUGACAACAGUGAACACAGUGACAACGGUGACAACAGUGCCAACGGUGACAACAGUGAUGACGGUGACAACAGUGACAACGGUGAAAACAUUGAGAACACUGACACCCGUGAAAACAGUGACAACAGCAACAAUUGUGACAACAGUGACAAUAGCGACAACUUUGACAGUGACAAGGGUGAAAACGGUGACAACAGUGACAACGGGGGCAACAGUGGGAACAGUGACAACGGUGACAUUAACGACUACGGUGUCAAAACUGACAACAGCAACAACGGUGACAACAGCGACAAGGGUGAAAACAGUGACAAUGGUGACAACAGGGGCAAAGUUGACAGUGACAAGGGUGAAAACGGUGACAACAGUGACAACAGCGACAACGGUGACAACAGUCACAACACGAACAACAGUGACGACGGUGACAACCGUGACAACAUUGACAACUUUGGAAAAAGUGACAACGGUCACAACAGUGGGAACAGUGACAACGGUGACAACAGCGACUACGGUGACUACACUGAGAACAGCAACAACGGUUACAACAGCGAGAAGGGUGAAAACAGUGACAAUGGUGACAACAGUGACAAUGGUGACAAAAGCGACAACGGUGACGGCAGUGCCAAGAGUGACAAUGGUGACAACAGUGACAACAGCGAGAAAGGUGACAACUGCGACAACAAUGACAACAGUGACAACACUAACAACAGCGACAACGAUGACAACACUGACAACCGUGACAAUGUUGACAAAAGUGGCAACGGUGACAUUGGUGACAACAGUGGCAACGGUGACAACAGUGACAACGGUAACAACGGUGACAACAGUGACAACACUGACAAUGGUGGUAAACCAACAAUAGUGACAACCAUGACAACAGCAACUACAGUGACAACGGUCACAACCACAGCAAUAGCGACAACAGUGACGAGGGUGACAACCGUGACAACAGUUACAACGGUGACAACAGUGAUGACGGUGACAACCGUGACAAUAGCGACAAUGGUGACAAGAGAGAUAACGCUGAGAACAGUGACAAAAGUGAUGACGGUGACAACAGUGACAAUGGUGACAACGGUGACAACAGCGACAACGGGGACAACAGUGACAAUGGUAACAACAGUGACAACGGUGACAAAGGUGACAACAGUGACGUUGGUGACAACCGUGACAACAGUGAAAACGGUGACAACAGUGACAACGGUGACAACAUUGACAACACUGACAACCAUGACAACAGUGAUAACAGCAACAACUGUUACAACAGUGAAAGCAGUGACAACUUUGACAGUGACAAGGGUGAAAAUGGUGACAACAGCGACAACCGGGACAAUGGUGACAACAGCAACAACAGUGAAAACAGGGACGACGGUGACAACCCUGACCUCAGUGACAACACUGACAACAGCAACAACGGUUACAACAGCGACCAGGGUGAAAACAGUGACAAUGGUGACAACAGUGACCAUGGUGACAACGGUGACAACAGUGACAACGGGGACAAUAGUGACAACGGUAACAACAGUGACAACGGUGACAACAGUGACAAAGGUGACAACAGUGACAAAGGUGACACAGUGAUGACGGUGACAACCGUUACAACAGUGAAAACGAUGACAACAGUGACAACGGUGACAACAUUGACAACAGUGACAACCGUGACAACAGUGAUAACAGCAACAACAGUGAAAACAGCGACAAAUUUGACAGUGACAAGGGUGAAAAUGGUGACAACAGCGACAAUGGCGACAACAGUGAAAACGGUGACAACAGUGACGAUGGUCACGAUGGUGACAACUGUGACAACGGUGGAAACAGUGACAACGGUGACACCACUGGGAACAGUGACAACGGUGACAACAGGGAGUACGGUGACAACACUGACAACAGCGACAACGGUGACAACACUGACAACCGCGACAACAUUGAAAAAAGUGGUUAAGGUGACAAUAGUGACAACGGUGACAACAGUGACAACAGUUACAACGGUGACAACAGUCACAACGGGGACAACGGUGACCACAUUGACCACACUGACAACAGCGACAACGGUGACAACACUGACAAUGGUGGUAAACCAAAAACAGUGACAACUAUGACAACAGCGACUACAGUGACAACGGUGACAACCGCAACAACAGCGACAAUAGUGACAACAGAGAUAACGUUGACAACGGUGACAAAAGUGAUGACGCUGACAACAGUGACAAUGGUGACAACAGUGACAAAAGCGACAACAGUGACGACGGUGACAACCGUGACAACAGUGGCAACGGUGACAACAGUGACCAAGGUAACAACAGUGAUUACGGUGACAACCGUGACAAUAGCGACAAUGGUGACAACAGAGAUAAUGCUGACAACAGUGACAAAAGUGAUGACGGUGACAACAUUGACAACGGUGACAACGGUGGCAACAAUGGGAACAGUGACAACGGUGACAACAGCAACUACGGUGACAACACUGACAACAGCAACAACGGUGACAACAGCGACAAGGGUGAAAACAGUGUCAACCGUGACAACAGUGACAACAUUGACAACCGUGACAACAGUGACAACAGCAACAACUGUGACAGCAGCGACAACUUUGACAGUGACAAUGGUGAAAAUGGUGACAACAGCGACAACCGGGACAACAGUGACAACAGUGACGACAGUGACAACCGUGACAACAUUGACAAAGGCGGAAACGGUGACAACAGUGGGAGCAGUGACAAUGGUGACAACAGCUAGUACGGUGACAACAGUGACAACAGCAGCAACCUUGAUAACAGCGACAAGGGUAAAAACAGCUACAAAAGGGACAACGUUGACAACAGUGACAACGAUGACAACAGUGACAAAGAUGACAACUGCGACAACAAUGACAACAGUGACAACACUAACAACAGCGACAACAAUAACAACAGUGACAACGGUGACAACAGUGACAACGGUGACAACAUUGACAACGGUUACAACAGUGACAACGGUGACAACAGUGACAAAAGUCAUGACGGUGACAACAGUGACAAUAAUGACAAUAGCGACAACAGUGACAACAGUGACGACGCUGACAACCGUGACAACAGUGACAACGGUGACAACUGUGACAAAGGUGACAACAGUGACAAAAGGGACAACGUUGACAACAGUGACAACGAUGACAACAGUGACAACAGUGACAAAGAUGACAACUGCGACAACAAUGACAACAGUGACAACACUAACAACUGCGACAACAAUGACAACAGUGACAACGGUGACAACAUUAACAACGGUUACAACAGUGACAACGGUGACAACAGUGAUGACAGUGACAACCGUGACAACAUUGACAACGGUGGAAACAGUGAACAGUGGGAACAGUGACAACAUUGACAACCGUGACAACAAUGACAACACUGACAACAGUUUCAACGGUGACAACAGUUACAACAGGGACAGCAGUGACUAAAGUAACAACGGUGACAACAGCGACAACACUGACAACAGUGACAACAGCGACAACAGUGAAAAAGUGACAACCGUGACAACGGUAACUACAGUGACGACGGUGACAAUGGUGACAACAGGGAAAAUGGUAGCAAUGGCGACAAUAGUGACAAGGGUGAAAGCGGUGACAACAUUGACAACAGUGACAACGGUGACAACAGCGAAUACGGUGACAACACUGACAACAGCAACAACGGUGACAACAGCGACAAUGGUGAAAACAGCGACAAUGGUGAAAACAGUGACAAUGGUGACAACAGUGACAACGGUGACAACAGUGCCAACAGUGCCAACAGUGACAAAAGGGACAACGGUGACAGCAGUGCCAAGAGUGACAAUGGUGACAACAGUGACAAAGGUGACAACGGUUACAACAGUGACAACGGUGAGAACAGUUACAACGAAGACAACGGUGACCACAUUGACCACACUGACAACAGCGACAACGGUGACAACACUGACAAUGGUUGUAAACCAACAAUAGUGACAACCAUGGCAACAGCGACUGCAGUGACAACGGUCACAACCACAACAAUAGCGACAAUGGUGACAACAGAGAUAACGCUAACAAUGGUGAAAAAGUCAUGACGGUGACAACAGUGAACAUGGUGACAAUAGCGACAACAGUGACGACACUGACAACCGUGACAACGGUGACAACAGUGACAAAGGUGACAACAGUGAUGACGGUGACAACCUUGAUAAUAGCGACAAUCGUGACAACAGAGAUAACGCUGACAGUAGUGACAAAAGUGAUGACGGUGACAACAGUGACAAUGGUGACAACAGCGACAACGGUGAGAACCGUGACAACGGUGACAACAGUGACAACGGUGACAACAAUGACAAAGGUGACAAGAGUGAUGACGGUGACAACCGUGACAACAUUGACAACACUGACAACCGUGAGAACAGUGACAACAGCAACAACUGUGACAACAGUGACAAGAGCGACAACUUUGACAGUGACAAGGGUGAAAAUGGUGACAACAGCGACAGCCGGGACAACAGUGACAUCAGUGAUGACGGUGACAACCGAGACAACAUUGACAAUGGCGGAAACGGUGACAACGGUGACAACAGUGGGAGCAGUGACAACUGUUGACAACAGCUAGUACGGUGACAACACUGACAACAGCAACAACGUUGAUAACAGCGACAAGGGUGAAAACAGUGACAACGGUGACGAGAGUGACAACGAUGACAACAGUGACAAAGAUGACAACUGCGACAACAAUGACAACAGUGACAUUACUAACAACAGCGAGAACAAUGACAACAGUGACAACGGUGACAACAGUGACAACGGUGACAACAUUGACAACGGUUACAACAGUGACAACGGUGACAACAGUGAUGACAGUAACAACCGUGACAACAUUGACAAUGGUGGAAACAGUGACUAAAGUAACAACGGUGACAACAGUGACAACUGUGACAACAGCGACAACAGUGACAACAGCGACAACAGUGAAAAAGUGACAACCUUGACAACGGUAACUACAGUGACGACGGUGACAAUGGUGACAACAGGGAAAAUGGUAACAAUGGCGACAACAGUGACAUUGGUGAAAACAGUGACAACAGCGACAACGGUGACAACAGUGACGACGGUGACCACCGUGACAACAUUGAAAACGGUGACAACAGUGACAACGGUGGCAACAGUGGGAACAGUGACAACGGUGACAACAGCGACUACGGUGACAACACUGACAACAGCAACAACGGUGAGAACAGCGACAAGGGUGAAAACAGUGACAACCUACCAACAGUGACAAUGGUGACAACAGUGACAACGGUGACAACAUUGACAAUACUGACAACCGUGACAACAGUGACAACAGCAACAACUGUGACAACAGUGACAACAGCAACAACUUUGACAGUGACAAGGGUGAAAAUGGUGACAACAGCGACAACCGGGGCAACAGUGACGACGGUGACAACCGUGACAACAUUGACAAUCGCGGAAACGGUGACAACGGUGACAACAGUGGGAGCAGUGACAACGGUGACAACAGCGAGUACGGUGACAACACUGACAACAGCAACAACAUUGAUAACAGCGACAAGGGUGAAAACAGUGACAAAAGGGACAACGUUGACAACAGUGACAAAGAUGACAACUGCGACAACAAUGACAACAGUGACAACACUAACAACAGCGACAACAAUGACAACAGUGACAACGGUGACAACAGUGACAACUGUGACAACAUUGACAACAGUUACAACAGUGACAACCGUGACAACAUUGACAACCGUGGAAACAGUGACAACAGUGGGAAGAGUGACAACAUUGACAACCGUGACAACGGUGACGACAAUGACAACACUGACAACAGUUUCAACGGUGACAACAGCGACAACAGUGACAACAGGGACAGCAGUGACUAAAGUAACAACGGUGACAACAGCGACAACACUGACAACAGUGACAAAAGCGACAACAGUGAAAAAGUGACAACUGUGACAACGUUGACUACAGUGACGACGGUGACAAUGGUGACAACAGGGAAAAUGGUAACAAUGGCGACAACAGUGACAAGGAUGAAAACGGUGACAACAGUGAGAAGGGUGAAAGCGGUGACAACAGUGACAACAGCGACAACAGUGACAACAGUGACGACAGUGACAACCGUGACAACAUUGACAAUGGUGACAACAGUGACAACGGUGGCAACAGUGGGAACAGUGACAACGGUUACAACAGCGAAUACGGUGACAACAGCAACAACGGUGAAAACAGCGACAAGGGUGAAAACAGUGACAAUGGUGACAACGGUGACAACAGUGCCAAGGGUGACAAUGGUGACAACAGUGACAAAGGUGACAACUGCGACAACAAUGACAACAGUGACAACACUAACAACAGCGACAACGGUGACAACACUGACAACCGCGACAACGUUGACAAAAGUGGCAACGGUUACAACAGUGACAACGGUGACAACAGUUACAAGAAAGACAACAGCGACAACGGUGACAACGGUGACCACAUUGACC